ACAAUUUUCUUUGUUUUUCAGGCUACACUUGUAAAAUACACUACAGAUGAGUUUGAUCAACGUAUCCUUUAUGAAUAUUUAGCUGAAGCCAGCGUGGUCUUCCCUAAAGUAUUUCCUGUGGUACACAAUUUAUUGGACUCUAAGAUCAACACCCUUUUAUCGCUGUGUCAAGAUCCAAAUCUCUUGAACCCAAUACAUGGUAUUGUACAGAGUGUUGUGUACCAUGAAGAGUCUCCUCCACAGUACCAACCUUCUUACCUACAGAGUUUUGGAUUUAAUGGUUUGUGGAGGUUUGCUGGACCCUUUUCCAAGCAAACGCAGAUACCAGACUACGCAGAGCUGAUAGUGAAAUUUCUUGAUGCCUUGAUUGACAAAUACUUGCCUGUAAUUGAUGAAGAAGCCAGUGAGGAGUCUUUGCUGACACCUACAUCUCCUUAUCCUCCCGCUGUGCAGAGCCAACUGAGUAUUACUGCGAACCUUAAUCUUUCAAAUUCCAUGACCUCCCUUGCCACUUCCCAGCAUUCCCCUGGGAUUGACAAGGAAAACGUGGAACUGUCUCCCACCACUGGUCACUCAAACAGCAGUAGAACGCGCCAUGGUUCAGCAAGCCAAGUGCAAAAGCAAAGAAGUGCUGGCAGCUUCAAACGUCACAGCAUCAAAAAGAUUGUGUGA